AUGAUCGAAACAAUGGAAGGAUUGACGGCAAAUACCCAUUUGUUGGUCGAUCGGAAAGAGUUUGCUCCGGUAAAAACCUAUCCAACAAGAUUGGCCUUCAAUCCGUUUAUGAUGUUUCCUCGCAGCAGAAGCCCUUUGAUGAGAAUGUUACCGCUGAUUUUGAUGGCUGGAAUUACGGCAACUUUGAUUAAUAAGACGAAAAUGGAUAAGUUAGCGAGACAAUACCCGGCACUGAAAAAUCUUCAAAUGGCGCUAUCGUUGGGGAAAAUCCGUUGGAAAAGGUGUGCAAUCUAUUCGUCAGUUUGCCUCUCAGCCCACCGAAUCUCUCUUCAUGAUUUCAAGGAGAAAACAAUGACAACCCGUGGACCAAACAUGACUCAAUAUCUUGGAUUAGCCACAGUGGCUGCUAGUGGAAUCAUUGCCUACAAUUACCUGAAGCCGAAGCAUAUGAACCGUGAUGAGCCCAAUCAAAACUUGUUGAAGCCAUCCUCGCACAGCAUUGACAAAACCUCUCCCGCUUUGGCCGUGGAUCGAGCUGCUCGUGAG